GAAAAGAAAAGUAGCGGCAGCAACCCGCGGCGGCGACGAGUAACCAACCAGGCCACGCCAUUGCCAAUCGCCCGAGCCGCCGAGCACCAAGGAGCCCUGCCUUGCCCAGCCACAGAGCCCUCCUCCUUCCCCGUCUCCCGCUGCGGGCUCUCUGAAUUCGGCGGUGGUUCAUUUGUCCGCUUCUUCUGAGCUCCUUCUCGGCGCCGCGCUAUGGAGGAGAUGGGAAAGCGGGCGGUGCGGACGGUGCGGGUGCGGAACAUCUCAGAUCUGGCGACGGAGCGGGAGGUGCGCGAGUUCUUCUCCUUUUCUGGCGAAAUCGAGCACGUCGACAUCAGAUUUGAUACAGUGUCGUCGGGGAGGACGGCCUACGUCACAUUCAAAGAUCCCAAGGCGCUCGAGAUUGCGCUUCUCCUGUCGGGAGCAACAAUUGUGGACCAAAUUGUGAACAUAACCCCUGCUGAAGAUUACAUCUACAUCCCUGUUACUGAACAACAACUUAUGGUCCAUGAGGUGACAAGUAGAAGUUCAGCUUCUAAUGCAGAAUUGGAGUACUCCUCAGAGGCCAAUGUCAGUCCCAAUAGCCGUGUCUAUGUGAGCAAGGCCCAUGAUGUCAUGACAAAUGUGAUUGCAAAGGGUUCAGCAAUGAGACAAGACGCAGUGAACAAGGCUAAAGCAUUUGAUGAGAAACAUCAAUUUAGGGCUAAUGCAUCAGCGAGGAUCAAUUCCUUUGAUAAACGUGUUGGCCUUUCGGAGAAGAUAAACAAUGGGAUAUCCGUUGUCAAUGAAAGGGUGAAAUCAGUAGACCAAAGAUUGCAUGUUUCUGAUAAAACAAUGGCUGCAUUGCUGGCUGCAGAGCGCAAGCUAAAUGAUACAGGCUCUGCUGUGAAAACCAACAGGUAUGUGUCUGCUGGAACAAGCUGGCUGAAUGGUGCUUUUAGCAAGGUCGCCAAGGCUGGUCAUGUUGCUGGCUCAAGAACCAGGGAGAAGUUCCAGUUGGCUGUGUCAAAUCUAACAGCCAAAGGCCCUGCUGUUGUUGCCUGAGGGGGAUGCUGGUUAUGGAAGCUCUCUUUCUGAGGAAAUUCUAUUGGAAGUCCCUGUGCAAAAGCAUUUCCUUUGAUUGUGUGGACAGUGUGGAAAAUAACUGUGUUUCAGUGUUAUCUUGUCUGUCUUUCCUUAGUUGCAGGCUGUUCGGUGAUUCUUUUGAGGUUUGGUGUAUAGAUGCGUUCAGUUUUUGGUAUUUUAGAACCCCAUUCUUUUAGUGUUGAAGUUAAAUUGAUUAUAGGUGAUAGUGGCAUUCUAUUGUAUUGACUCAAUCUAUGUGGAUUCUUGAUCGUUGACGCCUAUGCUUCA